CGCCUCUACAAAUGCGAAUGUAUUCUCCCAAAGUCAAAUCCAAAAGGCUCUCGCCCUUUCCUCCAGUAAUAAUGACUUUUGAAUAUGCAUUUUAAUUUUCUUUUCCUUGAAAAAAGAAAAUUUGAAUAUGCAUUUGUUCUCUCAUUCUCAAAACCAUAAGAUAUUAAAUUUUUGUACAGGGAACCAAAAUAUUACUGAUGAAAAGAAAAUGCCUUAAACUUACUCUCACGCGAACAUGCUGUUCAGAAGCUUGCAUCUACUGUGAGAGUUCAGAAGGAUGCAUUGGUUGGGUUUGUUAAACAGCAAGCCGCAAGAUAGGAAGAACUAGAAGAACAUAUUUUAGAAUGUCAAAGCUUUAACUAACGUUUUUGGGUUAAAAAUAUAUUUGUUUUUUUGAAACUUUGAUAAGCCAGGGUAAAAAAUAUUCCUUCUACUUAAAUUGUUUAUAUCCAAAAUAUUUUCAAAUCAGAGUCUUAAGUUUCAAUCCGAUUUAGGUUCAAUGUUUUUGUUAUUUCCUGUCUAAAUAUAGAACAUCAUAACCGAACGGAAGUUAUGUUUCUAGUUGAUGAUAUAUAUAACCAUGGUAACGUUUUGAUAAAUUGCUUGUCAUGUGUUCUAUUGUCUCGGCUAAAUAGCUUUUUCUCUUCUCACAGUUCCUCUACGCCAUAAAAUAGUGUAUGAUCCAACAAAAGAGAUCAAGAGACUGAGAAAUGGCGAAUGGGUGCGAGAUUUGCUGUGAAAUAAUGAUCGCCAUACUCCUUCCUCCACUCGGGGUUUGUUUAAGGCAUGGAUGUUGCACUACGGAGUUCAUGAUAUGUCUGAUCCUAACGAUUCUGGGAUACAUACCGGGCAUCAUCUACGCACUCUAUGCAAUCGUUUACGUUGAUCGUGAUCAGUUCUUCGACGAGUACCGUCGUCCACUCUUCUACGCUCAGUCACCUUAAUUUAAUUUACGCAUUCUCUAUUGUCUGUUUUUUUUUACAAUGUUUUGGUUUUUGUUAAUUUUAUCUAUUCCAUCAAUUACAUUUUCAUCAUUCUUUCAAUAAUUUCAAGAUUUAACACUUGUUUUUGUUACAUGCUCACUUUCUUUCUGUAUACUUUGUUUAUUUGAGAUCAUAAUCAAAAAUAAAACAAAAAUAGUAAGCAAAA